CUGGAGGUCACUGCGUAUCAGCCUGUUGAUAUAGUGACUAGGACAGUGGAGGUGCCUGUCACCAGAACAGUUGACGUCUACGUACCGAAGCCUGUGAUCAAAGAAAAAAUCGUUGAAGUCCCCAAGCUGGUUCCCAAGUACAUCGAGAAGAUAGUAGAAGUUCCCCAGAUUGAGUGGGUAGAACGCGUAGUAGAGGUUCCCGAAGUGAUAUACAAGACGAAACUUGUUCCUAAAGUUGAAAUCCGCGAAAACAUUGUUGAAAAGCCGGUGUAUGUUCAGAAGUGGGUUGAGAAGAUCGUGGAGGUUUCAGUUGUAGAAGAGGUCAUUCGCUACCGGACAAUCCACGAACCUGAGGAAAUAAUCAAGUAA